GCUGGUGUGUACCAGGAAAUGCAGGUUAAACAGGAGACACCUGAGCUGUCGCCUCGUGAGAGAGACAGAACAAACAGUGCAAAGACCAGACGCUCUCGUCUUUUCUCCCUGCUGGACUUAUCAAAUACAGACCAGUCUCCGGCAACCUUAAGGACUCAGCUGAAGCGGUCCAGCAUCUUGAGGAUGGCACUCGCCGGCUCGGAAACGACGGACCAGGACGGACAUGGAGAGACUUUCUUACUCCGGGCUGUGAAAAUAGCAGCCGUGGUUGCUCUGUACUGGUUCGUGUCAAUAACGAUGGUGUUCCUUAAUAAUUACCUGCUGGACAACCGAGACCUGGACGCGCCGCUGUUCGUGACUUUCUAUCAGUGUGUGGUGACGGUUGGGCUGUGCUGGCUCAUGCAGCUGCUGUCCAGGCUGUGCCCGGGACUCAUCGACUUCCCGGCGGUCAGACUCGACUUGAAGACGGCAAGAGAGGUCCUGCCGCUGUCGGUUGUGUUCAUCGGCAUGAUCACCUUCAACAACCUGUGCCUGAAAUACGUCGGGGUGGCUUUCUACACGAUCGGUCGGUCACUCAGCACCGUUUUCAACGUGCUGUUGUCCUACGUCAUCCUGAAGCAGACCACCUCGUUCCGAGCCCUGCUGUGCUGUGGCAUCAUAUUAGGUGGAUUCUGGCUUGGUGUGGACCAGGAAGGCGUGGCAGGGUCCCUCUCCUGGUCAGGGGUCUUUUUUGGAGUGCUGGCCAGCGCUUGUGUCUCUCUGAAUGCCAUCUACACCAAGAAGGUGAUGCCAGCAGUGGACGGAAACAUCUGGAAACUGUCCUACUACAACAACAUCAACGCCUGCAUCCUCUUCCUCCCUCUCAUUCUCAUGUUUGGAGAGUUGGGCCGCGUCGCCAACUUCAGCCGCCUCACUGAUCUCGGGUUUUGGGGCAUGAUGACACUCGGGGGAGUGUUCGGUUUCGCCAUCGGUUACGUCACAGGCCUCCAGAUCAAGUUUACCAGUCCGCUCACGCACAAUGUCUCAGGAACAGCAAAAGCCUGUGCGCAGACCGUCAUUGCGGUGGUGUACAACUCUUCCAGCAAGAGCCUGCUGUGGUGGACCAGCAACAUGAUGGUUCUUGGUGGCUCGUCGGCCUACACUUGGGUGAAAAGUCUAGAAAUGAAGAAGACUUCCUACAAAGACCCCCAGGACUCAGCCAAGGAAAAACUGCUGUCAGAGGAGAAAGAAAACACGGGAGUGUAAAUAGGCUGGCAAACCUUCAGCUUGUAUGUCGUGUGAGAAUGUGAAAUAAUAUGACAUACAAUAUGACUGAUUAUUGAUUUAAGUGAUACAAACAUGGAAUCAGUGGUUUUUGUUGGACUUACUAGUCAUCUGGUUUUAUACGGUUUCAUCUGAGACUUGAAGGAAUUAGUAUUUAUAUUUUAUUUGAAGUUAUUCACGUUCAUUUGGGGCCUUUGUACAAUUAUUUUUACAAUUAAAUGGCAGAGAAAUUCAAUUGUGACGUUUAUGGUCUACAAGUGAAGGAAGAAAUCAUGUUUUUAUCCACAGGGAGGGUAUUACAACUUUGAUUGAGGGAAUCGAAUCUUUUAACAGCUAUAUGCCAUUUUUAUGAAUGUAUGUCACUAUCUUGUUUUUAUGUCCUGGCAAGGAACAUGUCUGCUUUCUCAAAUAUAGUCGAAGUCAGAAGUUUACAUACACUUAGAUUUAAGACAAAAAAAAUAAUUUUUUAAUCAAGUUUUGGAAAGUCGGUUAGGACAUCUACUGUGUGUAAUUUUCCCAACUAUUGUGUACAGACUCUGCCUUUAAGCAGCUUGGAAAAUUCCACAAAAUGAUGUCAUGGAUUCAGAAGCUUCUGAUAGGCUAAUUGUCAUAAUUUAAUUGAAGAUGUACCUGUGGAUGUAUUUUAAGGUCUACCUUCAGACUCAGUGCCUCUUUGCUUGAUGUCAUUGGAAAAUCAAAAGACAUCAGCAAAAACCUGACAAAAGAAAAUUGUGGCCCUCCACAAGCCUCGUUUAUCCAUGAGAGCAACACCUGAAGGUACCUUAUUCACCUGUACUAGCAACAGUAGAUGAGUAUAAAGUGCUGAUCAAUCCCAAAACAACAGCAAAGCGUGUUGUCAAGAUGCCGGAGGAAACGGGUGCUUUUCCCUCUGCUCUGGUGAAACAAAAAUUGAAAUUGACCAUUGUUAUAUUUGGAGGGAAAAGGGGGGCUUGCAAGCUGAAGAACAGCUCCAAACCAUGAAGCGCAGGUGUGUUGUGGCUGGUGCUUUGCUGCAGGAGGGACUGGUGCAUUUCACAAAAUCAAUGAGGAAGGAAAAUUAUGUCAAUAUAUUGAAGCAACAUCUCAUCAGCCAGGAAGUUAAAACUUUGUUUUCAAACGGGUUUUCCAAAUGGACAGUGACCCCAGGUAUACUUCCAAGGUUGUGGCAAAAUGGUUUAAGGAGAACAAAAUCAAGGUACUGGACUAGCCAUCACAAAGCCCCGACCUCAAUCCAAUACAACAUUCAUUGUCAAAACUGAAAAAGUACAUCAGAGCUAUGAACCUGACUCAGAUGCACCAGUGAAAGAAGCUUGUGCUACCUGAAACGUUUGACCCAAAUUAAACAUUUUAAAGGCAAUGCUACCCAAUACUGGUGUGUGAUGAGAGAAAGAAAAGCUGACAUAAAUCAUUCUGUCUCCUGUUAUUCAGCUCUAAGACCUUGCUUACCAGGAUUAAAUGUCAGGAAUUGUGAAAACAGUUUAAAUGUAUUUGACUAAGGUGUGUGUGUAAACUUGUGACUUCAGCUGUAUGAACCAAGCCAAGGCAGCCGGACCUGUAACAUCCUGUUGCUUGUAGAGGAUACAACAGGCAAGGUAAUCAGAAACCUUGUGUCAGUGGGUCUGACAUACAAUAGGCCUUUAUCUCCAAACACUCCUUCUUUUUAAACUGUUGCAGUCAUAAACUUAUACAGCAUUUUCUACAGCGCAUGAUGUUUCUGAGCUGAGUCGAAUGUUAAAGGUUCUAUACGUGAGAGUUUCAGCCUCUAGAUGUCGAACUAGAGCACCAGCACACAAUGAGAUAAACAAUGGAAAAAGUUACCCUUCUGUGAAUAAUGUCAAAAACCACACUGAUGCACCCAUGAGGCAACCAGGAGGAUGUACACUGUGGCUACUGGUUGGGAUAUUACAAUAAUAAGUUAUUUUUUAUUAACAUUAGUGAUAUACUCAACUUGGUAAGGAGCUUUUUCUUCCAUCUACUGAGUGUCCUAAAUCCAUGCAACAUAAUUAUUAGCUUGCUAGCUGCUAAUGCAAGCUGUCCUGCUAAUGCUAGCUACCUAAAACAUCAAGUACAAUUUGCUUGGUGGAGGAAAUUCUGGAAAGUCGCCGUCAGCUGAACAUUUGCACUCUAAUGUGUCACUUUCACAAUGCUGGGGGAGGUCAGUGUCAGUGUCUUUACAAAUGCAGGGAGGCCCAGCAGUUCGUAACAAGCAAACAUGGCCGACCCAAACAAAGAACAGAGACGCUCACAUUACAAUACAUGUAGAGCGAGUGUGACUUUAUUCUCUGCUCAGGACAUCAUUGCUGCACUGUAUCGUCAUAUAGCAUAUAGUUUGCUGCUAUAUAAAUGUUCAAAAUCUCACAUAUAGAACCUUUAAAGAUGGCGUACGAGUCAAUUGUUUUAAGUUUUCCUAUUGAAAGGGAAUAUUGUGCUGCCACUGGUGAUUUUUAUUUGUAAGUAUGACAUUUUGGCACUCUUGUCAAAUAAAAUAUGUAUAGUUUAUAUCCA